CAGUCCUCUCCAUCCAUUGAAAAGCUCUUGACUUUGCGCAUGUACGGCCAAACUGAACAUUGCAUCGACUCCAAGAUGGCGUUAACACGUCUGGCUUGCAUUCUGGUCCUCCUCUCAACUCACUGUUACUUCAACGUGUUGGCAGUGAUUCUGAAAACAACGAAUGAUGCGCCAUGGGCCAACGAGUUUGAAUCUAUCGAAUUGUCCUGUUUGAUAGAGUCCAUCUCCACAAACGACCCCAGAAUCGAAUGGAAGAAAAUUAAGGAUGGGGAGCCCAGUUAUGUCUACUUUGAGAAGAAGAUCUCAGGAGAUUUGGAGGGCAGAGCAAGGAUCAGAGAGCCUGCAACAUUAGUGAUAACCAAUGCUACAAGAUCAGACUCAGCCAGUUAUCGUUGCGAAGUCACCGCCCCAAUUGACCAGAAAACCUUUGAUGAGAUUUUGAUCAACCUUGUCAUAAGAGUGAAGCCAGUGGUGCCGAAAUGUGCUGUCCCCAAAUCGGUGCCUGUGGGGAAGGCGGCGGAGCUCCGCUGCGUGGAGGAUGAAGGUUUCCCCAAGUCUCAAUACCAGUGGUUCCGCAACAAGGAGGAGAUCCCCGAUGACCCCAAGACCAGCCCCAAGUUCUUCAACUCCUCCUACAUGCUCAACGCCGAAACUGGAACCCUCAAAUUCAGUGCUGUCAGAAAGGACGACUCAGGAGAGUACUUCUGCCGAGCAAAGAACGACGCGGGUCACUCAGAAUGUGGACCGCAGACGAUGGAAGUCUAUAACAUCAAUAUUGCCGGGAUCAUCCUGGGAGUGCUGGUGGUGGUGGUGGUGCUAUUGUGUAUAACAGUGGGCAUCUGCUGUGCGUACAAGCGAGGCUACUUCGUCAGCCAGAAACAGACAGGAAACAAUUACAAAGCCCCAGCGAAAGGAGACGGAGUGGACUACGUCAGGACAGAGGACGAGGGCGACUUCCGACACAAAUCUUCAUUUGUCAUCUGAAGACGAAGGGCAUGGAAGGGAAAGGUGUGAUACUUUGGACUGAACUCACUAAGUGUGUGAGAUGACCAGUGAGCUGCCACAGUAUGUGCCUUGAGCUCUCUGCACGUCUGAAACAAUUCAAGUUUGCCAAAGGUGACAAGUUUUCACAAAUCUAUAUAGAACUAUUAACCAUCGUUACAGACACAUAAGUAUUGAAACCCGCUUGUUGACCUUUUUAUCACCAAACAACUUAUUUUUGCUAAAUUAUGGAGAUUUUUACGUUAAAGUUAUAGCAUGUUUCAAUACGGUUAACACCAUCUGCUGGGGAAAAGCAUUUAUGUAAGAUGUUCUGCCAGGAGGGGAAAAACAUCUAGCUAAGUUCUGAAGAAAAUCUAACAUGACAUAUUUCUACUUUAAACAUGUGCUUCAAACCUUUGUCAUUUAUAUAACUUUUUUUUUUCUAUCAGCAAAAUUUGUCAGACUAUUUUUGAUGGAAUAUAUUUUGAAAUGCCUAUAGAUAAAGGUUUACUUUUUUAAAUAUUUGUAAAAUACUAGCAUACUUUUUUAUUUGGUUGUGGGAAAAAUAAAUUUCAACCACUCAGAAUUCAGCUGUAAAAUUUCACCUUUCCUACCCUCCUCCCCCACCAAAUCACAAAAUGACUUGUUUUACCAUAAAGGUUUGGUUCUAGAACAGUCUUACAUAUUUUAUUUACUGUUGGGAUUUCCAUGUUAAUAUUAAAAGUCAAAUGUUUGUAGAUAGUGUCUUGAACAGUAAAAGGCUUCAAUGAGUACCAGCCAAAAGCUGGGAAAUACUGUAUACAAUCAGUGCUGCAUAUCCUUGAUUUUAAGUGUCCUUCUAUGCUUGAGUUUAUCUUGUAUAUAUUGAAUAUAUUGUCCAGUUUUUUGUUGUUGCUGUAUGUCAGGAAUACAUUGAGUAUUUGUAAUACAGGGUUUAUGUUGGCUAAUAAUUGUAUAUAGAUAACUGUUUGUGUGUGUGUGUGUCCAAGGAGGCAAUAUGAAACUCUUCCCAUGGUUUGAAAAAUACAUUGUCAUGGUAGAGACGAUCUGCCUAAUGUUUGCACAUAGGACAUUUUACACUGAACAAUCUUCUCUACACCAGGCAAAAAAACAUAGAAUUUCAAAUUCAAGUAAAUGACCCAAGACGUUGUAUUUGACAUUUUCCCAAAUGAAUUUAUAUCCAAGAGUUACAAAACAUUACAAGAUAGAGUAAUUGCUAGGUGAAACCAAUUAAUGCAGAUGCAAAACAUUUUUUUAC